AUGGCAUUUUCAACUGUCACUGGGAGUGUUCUCUACGACAUAAAUAUCACAAGGGUGAAUUGUGUUGCUGAUGAAUACUAUUGUCAGAAUAGUGUCUGUUCUGGAAUGUACAGACCUCCAGAUCUACCAAUUUUCAAUAUAUCCUGCACCUUUCCCAUUACCUACACUAAACUCAAGUUAAAAUUCACUUCGUACUACAAGUACACCGUCUUCAGGCAGGCUCUUCUUAAUCAACAAGAGGAUAUCUGUGAAUACUUUGACAAUCGUGGCUUCAAUCCAAUGUUGAAGAUAUUUGGGGAUUCAGUAUUGAAGUAUAGCGACUUCCAGGGCAAAAAAUGUCCAUUUGAGAAUGGUACGUAUUCGCUUAUAAAUUAUGAGGUUUCUUUGGAGGUCCUCCCACCGUCAUUUCCUGAUGGUCAGUAUCGAUUUGACGUUCAGCUGGGCAAUCAGGUGAAGCGGCAGAUUUUGCUUGUUCAAAUCUUCGCUACAUUGAAGAACAAGAUCCUCUUCUAGAAGUUGAUUUUUGGAUGGAGGAUGCCUGGUAAAUGGCUCAAUUGUUGAUAUUGUUCUUUAUUAUUUUGUAAGCCCUGACAUGUUGAUAAAUAGCAAGUGAGAAGCUAAGAGACUAUAAAUUUAGGCGUAUGCAGCAACGCAUGGAGCUUUUGGGUAUGGGAGCCUUUGGCUUGAGUGUCAUGAUAUGAAUUUAACUUAAAUAA